GCGGGACAUUUGAACCAGAAUCUCUCUUCCCCCGCUCCCCGCGUCGAAACCACGCCAGCAGCGAACUCGAACGGAAAACGCCGAUGAUGGAUCCAGGCUGCGCCUUCAAGCUCCUCCUCUCUUGCCCCUCUGCCCUCCCCAGAUCUCGAGUUCGUGUCGACUUCAGCCCUAUUUACGACAGAAUCCCUCAUCCCGAUCCUAACCUAGAGAAAUCUAUCGACGAGAUAUGGAAUCAACGAGUUCAGGCGAAUCCAUCACUCUACAAUGGCCAAAAGUUCAGGUAUGGGGGAGAUUCCUUGCAUCCUGUUGAUGGCUCGGAAAAGGAAUACUCUGUCUGCCUUCACUUGGGUCUGACAGAUUACAGGACAUUUAUUGGGACAAACUUGAACCCUCUUUGGGAGAAGUUUCUUGUUCCUUCAGAAGAUGAUUUUGUACGAUGUCAACACACAUCAAGUCCCCUGGGUAAUGGUGCCGUUGUUGAAACAAGUGACAAUAAGUAUCUUGUAUUGCAAAGAAGUAAUAAUGUGGGAGAGUUCCCAGGUUACUUUGUUUUCCCUGGAGGUCAUUCAGAGCCCCAAGAAAUUGGAAUUACUUCUCAUCAAAUCAGUGAUCCAAUGGAGUCUUCAUUAUUGAAUGAAAAAGUUUCACAAGAGAUGUUUGAAGGUAUCAUCCGCGAAGUAGUUGAAGAAAUCGGGGUUCCUGCAGAAUCUCUAUGUGAUCCUCUAUUUAUUGGAAUAUCUCGCAGGGACCUGAAUGUUAGACCAACAGCCUUUUUCUUUAUAACAUGUAACUUAAGAUCAGGUGAAAUUUACCAGCUGUAUUCCAAAGCUCAAGAUGGCUAUGAGUCCACUAAUCUGUAUACAGUUUCAAAGGACGAGUUAGAUAAAAUGGCACUAAGGAUGCCCGGGUGCCAUAGGGGUGGAUAUGCCCUGUAUGUGCUGAUGAUGGAAGCUACAAAGAGCGUUUGCUUACAAUGAUCACGGUGAUUAUAACCUUUGGAUGGCUUGACAAUUUUGAAGCGCGUCAUGUAUCACACACUAGGAUUGAGAUAUCGUUGAAUAAACGCCAAUGCUUUCUAGUUGACCAUCACUUUCAUCUGCCCGGUAGAUGAAUAUGACAGAAUAAAGUUAAUGACUUAGUCUUAGUCAAUGAAGACCGAGGAAAUGGUCCUUAAUUAUUUGUAUCCAUUUUAUCAAAUUAUCUACAGAUCUCCCUCUUUCAAUCAAAUGUCCACACACCCAAUUUUGUAUCUAAUUGGUCAGUGUUAUCACUUGAGCUACUACUAGUCAGACAACUUUUUACCCCAUGUCACAUAUUUGUUUGUCAUUUGCAAUUAUGAACGUUCAAGAAUAAUCAUAAAUAUAUCAUGUUUUGUGGUCUUGGGCUUGGAAUGGGGUCAAGGCAACUAUGCAUUAUUUGGAGUUUGUCAUUUAUGUUCUGUUGUCUUGAUUUGUUAAGAUUAUGUAGAAGCUCACUCUUAGCAUAAAUGAACGGAAAAAUAUGAUUCGUGUAACCGA